UUUUCACAAACUCCACCAAAUUAUGUCUUCCAAACAUUUCCUCACUUUGUUCUUCUUCCUUCUACUUUCUUGCAACACCCUCACAUCAACUUCAUCAUCAGAAAAUGAAGAAACUUUUGAUUUUGUUCGUCCAAUAGACCGCAAGUUGUUAGGCCUAAACAAGAAGGAAAAACUAAGCCAUUUUAGAUUCUACUGGCAUGACAUACUAAGUGGAAAUAACCCUACAACAAUUACAAUUGUUCAACCACCAUUGAAACUACACUCAACCGGCCUUAAUGCUUUUGGUUUAGUCCGCAUGAUUGACAACCCUUUGACUUUAGGACCCGAACUGAGUUCUAAACUUGUUGGAAGAGCUCAAGGAUUCUAUGCAUCUGCAUCACAGGAAGAAAUAGGUUUUCUUAUGACAGUGAAUUUUGCUUUCAUUGAAGGAAAGUAUAAUGGUAGUACUAUUACUAUCUUGGGGAGGAAUCCAGCUCUUAAUAAGGUUAGGGAGAUGCCUGUUGUUGGUGGCAGUGGACUUUUCAGAUUUGCUAGAGGAUAUGCUCAAGCUACUACUCAUUGGGUUGAUCUCAAAUCUGGGGAUGCAUGUAUUGAGUACAAUCUUCAUGUUUUUCAUUAUUGAUUGUUAAUUUUUGUUGUUGUUUUCCAUAAAAAAAAAAUAAGAAUAAAUUGUUGUUGUUCAUGCUA